AUGGACGAAGUUGAGAACCCAAACUUGCCUCAGGCAGGAGAAACGAGCCCGACCAUUCGCCCAGUCGAUGAGGACGAGGAGUCCAGCAAUGUUGUCCUCGACACCGUCCCCAAGCCUGGUAUCGACACCGCCGAAGUCGAGGGGCUAGUACAGAAUGGAGAAGCAGAUGCGCAGCCGGUACUUCCAGCAUCACGAGCUGCUUUGCCCUCGCGACCAGCCUUGAAACGAGACAAUUCCGCACCCCCGUCCUCACAACCCCCUCCAGCUCCACCAGGCCAACCUGCAGAGAGCGUGGACUUCUCGCAAGAGAAUCCCGAUAGCCUGACACUCGCGGACCUCAAGAGGAUACGGAAUUCGUUCCCGAACGCACAAGCGCCGCCGAAGCAGCAAUUGCUCGAGGAUGAGAAGGUCUACGACUUUGAUUACCAAGAUGCCCAGUCGUUCCCCGUGGAAUUGGAGGAGUGGUUCAGCUAUAGCGAGGAAGAGGAGUUGAAGCUGCGAAGAUGUAAGGCAGUGUUUAAUGAAGAGUGGAGGUCUACAGAAGAUGGCAAGCUCGACUGGCUGGAUGUGACCGAGGAUGCUCGUCGAGCUUUUACAGAACGCUGGAUAAGUUCCCUCAGAGACACUCCUAAAGAGCAGGGCAACAGCUCAAAAGCGUUGAUGGUCCUCACAUAUCUGGGUCUUGGUAUUUGGGAAGAGACGGCAGGCCGCCAAGAAGGAUGCGCUCUCGACGACCUCUUUCCGGACAGCAGCUUUGGAGGCUCAAGACUCGAAGAUUUUGGCUCUUCCAGCUUUCAGAUACAAUGGAUUGUUGCGAUGGUCGACACAUUGCAUUCGUGCAAUGGGCUCAAAGCCAUCUACGAUACCCUUCGUCGCGUUUGUGACGAAGACUUUCGAAACUCUCCCCCAGAGAUGCCGUCGCGCAACGAAUCACAGAUACGGCGCGGCGAUGAAAGUUUGGAGCUUUGGUGCUGCUUGACACUGAUGUACUUGUUCGUGGAGGUGGCCCGCACGACCGGAAACGGCUCAGCUCUCAAGGACGAUGUUCUUGCUUUAGAGCCCAAUUUCCUCAACUAUCUCACCCAGAUUGUCGCAAGACUACGUUGGGAUGAGCAGGCUCCAAUACCCUUGACGAAAAUGCUGCUUCUAGCUUGGAAGACGAUACUCGUGUCGUUUGGUGGCAUCAAGGACGUCGAACGUGUCAAAUCAUCUCUGCGAGAAGACGUCGAGGAGAUGGACGCUCGUGGCCAACCCAUCAUUACCGCAUCACCUUUGGAUUACCAUCUCUUUCGACAAGAGAUCAACUCAAAAUAUCCUGCAUACCAACCGCCACCGCCUAUCUUCCCACUCGAACCAGAGAACAACAGUAUACUUCCGCCCCUCAAGCAUCGCAGGCCGAGCUACAACGUUCCUGACCCUGUUUUCACUGGGGCCCCUAGCGUGGGGACAGAAUCGCUCAUGCACCAACCAGUGCACAUCGCAACACCGGCGCCUUCUCCGCCGCCAUCGCCUGGUGGUCCAGGCAAAGCAGGAAAGAAACAGAAUUACCAGACGAACCAGAUGUUCCCAUUCCUGUAUCCACCACUCGAUGCCAGUAGCAACGACCUUGGCGGAAAGGGAAGCACCGAGCUUCAAGAUGCGCUUGUUGGACGCAAGUGGGAAGGCUCUGACGUUCCGACUAGCAUCCUCGAAGCAGCUGAGCUGUUUGCGAAGCGGAUGCGAGCGACGAGGGCCAUGAAGCAGCUUUGGGAGACACGAGUUGACUUUAUGAAACAAGAACGCGGAUGGAAAAAUCCAGAUGAUGACGAGAAACUACCUGAUGUGGACGACUUUGAGCUUGUACCGAAGACGAAUCCCGACGAGACAGCCGAACAAGGCCAGCCUAUUGCCAUGACUGACGAGCAACGAGUACUGGCCAAGGUCGACACAUACUAUCGAGAAUCGCUACCUCACCUCCAGAGUGUAGUGAUAGUCCUUUUGAAAGCGGUCUUGCAGAACGUUACUGACCUAGUUACUAAGGGCAACGGGCAGAAUGGUCUUCAGGCCGGCAUUCAAUUCAACGAGGCCAACGGCAUCAAUGGCACAAAGCCGAUCGAAAAUGGUGUAAAUCACAAUGGCGAUGGCAUUGAGAACACUGCAGAAUCUCUUGACAAGCUGCGAUCCCAGGACAUCGCAGCCAAGGCAUUGAGUGCCAUCUUGCUGCUGCUGCUGAAAUGGUUCAAAGCGUCUCACGUCUUGCAAUAUGAGUACACGACGCAGUUGCUGCUCGAUUCAAACUACGUUCCCCUCAUACUGAAGCUCUGGCAAACCCAGGAGAUCGGACGAGCAUGCCACUACAAACUCGACAGAGACGAUCGCAACUUCUUCUACUUCUGCCAGACCACCUCCCGGAAUGGACCGCCACAGAUACUCCACGAGGCAAACGGCUUCCCAGCUGAAGAGUCCGAAGACGAAGCCGCGCCACCGCCUAUCAAGCUCAGGCGCGACGAAGUGCCCGAGAACCCGCUCUCACCAACCUCCGCCGAAGCCACAGACUUCACCCAUCCACCUGAGAUCGACGAACUCGGAUACCCACAGACGCCCCUCCCAACCACACCUCUCAAGAACUACUCCUACCGCAACAUCUUCAGCGCCAUCAAUUACCUCCGAGUACUGCAAAAAGUUACGCGUCGGAAGACUCAUCGAGCAUUGUUGCUGGUCAGCUAUAAAAGCUCCAACCAUCUUAAGAAGACUUUGAAGAUCCCGGUGCAACCGCUGCGGUACUACACGCUGAAGCUGUUCAAGUCGCAGGUUCCAUUUUGUGGGAGGAAGUGGCGACAGGGCAAUAUGAAGAUCAUCACGGCUGUGUGGUUGUCGGUGCCUGCUGAGUUGCGAGACGACUGGCUUUCGGGAGGAGGCGGUGGAAUGGGUGGUGCUUGUGUCGGGGACGUCGAUGGAACUGUCGAGGACGCCUUGCCGCUGGAGCAGAGCUUACGAGCGCUGACACACUGGUGGAAUGUCCGCAACUACCCCGAUGUGAUGGGCGUGGACAAGGGGAUGCUGGACGAGGAAAUGGAUUACUUCACACGCGAACUCGAGAAGAUGGAGUAUGUGCAUGAAGAGGAUCUUGGUGAAGAGCAAAGCCUUGCCGAAGAGCAAUGGCAAGGUCCCAUUGAGGGCUACUGA